UGUACCUGUAAGAGUCGAGCUUGAAGCAUCUGAGACGGAAAUCCAAAACUAGACAGUAUGGAGACUCUGAAUUCAUCCCACACCACCAAUAUCAGCAGUGGUAAUAACACCAGCCUCUUCUCUGGAAGUCCGUACACAACUGUGGAGAUUGUGCUCAUCAUCCUGGUGGCUGGAUCUCUGAGUCUGAUCACCGUCAUUGGAAACAUCCUGGUUAUGCUCUCUAUAAAGGUAAACAGAAACCUGCAGACCGUCAACAACUACUUCCUGUUCAGCCUGGCCUGUGCAGAUCUCAUUAUUGGCGUCUGCUCCAUGAACCUCUACACUGUCUAUAUAGUGAUUGGCUAUUGGCCUUUGGGAGCAGUGGUGUGUGACCUGUGGUUGGCUGUCGAUUAUGUUGUCAGCAACGCCUCAGUCAUGAACCUUCUCAUCAUUAGUUUUGACCGUUACUUCUGUGUCACCAAACCGCUGAGCUACCCAGCACGCCGCAGCACCAAGAUGGCAGGCCUGAUGAUUGCUGCAGCCUGGGUCUUGUCCUUCAUCCUGUGGGCUCCAGCCAUUUUGUUCUGGCAGUUCAUUGUGGGCGGGAGAACCGUGCCGCAAGGUGAGUGCUACAUCCAGUUCUUCUCAAACCCAGCGGUGACAUUUGGGACAGCCAUAGCAGCUUUUUACCUACCUGUGGCCAUCAUGAUCCACCUCUACUGGCGCAUCUCCAAGGCCAGCCGCAGCCGCAUUCGAAGGGACAGCAGGAAGACUUCAGGUACCAGUCUGGGAGAGGGCACCUAUCACAGCCAGGAGAACGGAUGUGAAAGCCAGAAACACUGCAUCACAACAAGAGAAGCUCAGGAGGAGGCUGGAGAUGUGGAGGUGAAGGAGCAGCAGCAGAACGGAAGCGGGCCCUGCAUGGACGAAAGAACUGACCAGGUGGACUCCACGGCAGACAGCAUCCACGCUUCAACAUCUAAGGACCCUGCGGCCCCUGUUUCAGAUGGCACAGAUUGUGUGAAAAAGACCAACCAAACGCAGCCACCUUCCCCAGAGAACUCAGCCGCUGACAGACAAAGUUUGGUCACAAGGACACUGUUUAAGGUAACAAAGCAGAGUGCUGUGGCAAAGUGGAGAAAGAAAGGCAUUUCUUCCAGGGAGAAAAAGGUGACGCGCACCAUCAUGGCAAUCCUGGUAGCUUUUGUCGUGACAUGGACACCAUACAACGUGAUGGUCCUGAUCAACACUUUCUGUUCCAUCUGCAUCCCAAACUCCCUCUGGACCAUCGGCUACUGGCUCUGCUACAUCAACAGCACCAUCAACCCGGGCUGCUACGCCCUCUGCAACGCCACCUUCAAAAACACCUUUAAGCACCUGCUUCUGUGCCAGUACAAGAACAUACGUACGGCACGAUGAGGGCGAAAAUACUGACUCGUGUUUGUGAUGGAGUCAUAAUGUGAUAAAUCUUGUCAAUUGAGAUGACAUAUGAACAUAUUGUUAAAAUGUAGAGUAUGCGAGUUCUUAUUGUAAACUUACUUCAUUUAUUUUCAGUGGUAGUGCUUAUUCCCUCUGCUGCUGAAAAUGAAAUGUGUUUUACAUUUAUUUUUAUAUCACACACUUCACUUUUACUGAUUUUAAAAAUACAUGUAUUAGUUCUCAAAACAAUGCAUUCUGGUGGGAAUGCACUUUAUUUUGAAAAAGUCCAAUUGACUAUGGGUGUAAGUUAUAUAUAGUAUAUAGUAUAUUUUCCUCUUUACUCCUUCUACAAUGAGCUUGUGCAGUAUGUUCUUUGAUGUUCAAUCUGUUUAUCCCAGUAGUAAAAUUGUGGUAAAUGUGAUGGGUCUGUGUCCAAAACAGUGAUUUUAAAUCUAGGAUAAAAGUACUUGUAUAAAAAGAAGAUAUUAUACUGUGGAGAGAAACACUUUAUUAUUGACAUGUCAUGCCGUAAAGCGUUAUGGUCAACACUGAGCUGUGAAACGGGAUAAAUCAGCUAAACUGAAUGUCUGAAUGAAAUCUUGUCUUCAAAUUGAGUUACGAAAAGAGAGAGAGAGAGUGUGUGUGUGUGUGUUUUCUCUCUGGUCAGAUUUACUCAUAUUAUCAUAUUAAGCUGAUGCCAUCUGUAUUCCAUGUUGUGAAAUGAGCCCGAAUGUGAUAUUUGUCCAUAUCUAUCCCUUUUCCCUUAUGUAUUAAUUAAUACAUGUUUUCUGUAAAUAAAAUAGAUUAUGACAGAACAUUGA